AUGUUAUUCGAUCGAACAUUACGUCAAGCACUUCAUAAUCAUGUCAUCAUUGUUCUUCUUUUCAUUUGUUUCCUUGCUGAUUGUACACUUUAUCCGUGGAUGCUUUACUUUUAUCAAAAUCGAGACAGAUGGGAUCGAUCGAUGAUCUUUUGUACCAUUUGGGGAUUUCUGGACUGGGGUCUUUAUGUCUUACACACAAUGUUGUUUGCAUGGGCAACAGUCGAACGACAUAUUCUCAUCUUUCAUGAUCGAUGGAUCUCAACAAGAAAAAGUCGAUUGAUUCUUCACUAUUUUCCUCUCCUUUUCUUUCCAUUUUAUUUAUUUCUCUUUUAUUUUUGUGUUUACUUUUUUCCACCGUGUGAAAAUUAUUCUGAUCCAUCAUCUCCUGUUUGUAUGUGGCCAUGUUUGUAUGAUAGUUAUGCACUAUCUAUUAUUUCAUUACUUGUUCGUGUUCUGUGGCAAAGAGUUCGAAUGCGACAAACCAUUCAUUGGAAGAAACAUCGAAAAAUGGCCAUACAAGUCUUAUCGAUCUCAUGUGUUUAUCUUUUAUUAUUGUUACCCUAUGCUAUUAUUUAUAUUCUUCGAUAUUGUGUUGGUUUAUCAUAUCCAUUGCUCAUCGAAUUUUCAACGUCAACAGUUUUCACUAAACUACAAACGCGAAUGAGAAAUCUUCUUCAUUUACGACCCGCAAGACACAUUCAGCCAGGUAUGACAAUCUCGGUUAGAACUCAUCCAACUGGAAAUGACCGACGAACAUAA